AGUUCUCGAGCCGCCUCGCCUCUCCAGAAACAGGGCAGCCUAAACACAGCACCCGGACGCCGCCGACGCAGCCGAGGCAGCGCAGCCAUGGCUACAACCAAAGCGCGCAGGACCUCCUGGGCCGCGCCGAAGCAGACGCUGUCGCUGGGCCCGGCCUUCGACAAGGGCUGGGGCGAGACGAUUCUAGAGUACAUGACUUGUUCAGGGGGCGCGUCCCCGGAAGACAUCCGCGACCUCAUGAAGGACGCCAAAACGCCGGUGACGCUCCACGUCUACGCCGUGGGCCACGCCAAGGCCAUCCAGGAGAUCAAUUACGUCGUCGAGAACUUCUUGCACGAGGGCGGCGUGUUCCACGGCGCGAUCGAGGUCUUCGGCCAGGAGUUCUCGUUUGGAGGUUGUAGAAGGAACAAGUGCGGCAUCUUCGCCUGCAAGCCGACGAAGUGCCCCAUGCAUACCUAUCGGGAAAGUAUCUAUUUAGGAGACUGCGGGAAAGAUCUUGCUGAGGUCCAACGCAUUCUCGACGGCAUGAAAGGCGACUGGAUGGGCCCCACCUAUGAUUUACUCAGGAAGAACUGCUGCUCCUUCUCCGACGCCUUCGCCCAGGCUCUAGGCGUCGGGCCGAUCCCGAAGUGGGUCCAUCACUUGGCCGAUGUGGGCGCUACAUUAGAUGAUGACGUCAAGGCCGUGGUCCACGGCCUCCACUUCGUCGAGGACAAGGUCAAGGGGACGGGGAUGGCUCUGUACCACAAGGUACAUCCUCCGCACCACGUAGAUGAUCACGCGGACUACAAAGUGGCUACACCCCGUCGCUAGUUA